AUGGAAUUACGACUGGGAUUAAGGAUCACCCUGGUCUUUGUCAUCCUGGUUUUGACUCUUUCCGGUGAGACAGUGGAAGCACAGAGGGCAGGAUGUAAAAACGUCCACUAUGACUUAGCAUUCAUCCUGGACACCUCAUCCAGUGUUGGAAAAGACAAUUUUGAGAAGAUCCGGCAAUGGGUGGCCAACAUUGUGGAGUCUUUUGAUGUGGCCCCUGACAAGACGAGAGUCGCCGUGGUGCGCUACAGUGACAGACCCACCACUGAGUUCAACCUGGGUAAACACAGGACCCUGGAGGAUGUGAAGCAAGCCGCCCGUAACAUACGCUACCUGGGGGGAAAUACAAUGACUGGUGAUGCUAUCAGCUACACCACCGCCAACAUCUUCACCGAGCGAAACGGAGCAAGGCCGGCGGCCAGAGGUAUCCAGAAGGUGGCCAUCCUUCUCACAGAUGGCCGAAGCCAGGAUUAUGUUCUUGAGCCCUCCAAGGAAGCUGCCAAAGCUGGCAUCCGGAUGUUUGCUGUUGGCAUCGGGGAGGCUUUAAAGGUAGAGCUGGAAGAGAUUGCGGCCGAGCCAAAGAAUGCACACGUCUUCCAUGUGACGGACUUUAAUGCCAUUGACAAGAUCAGGGGCAGGUUGCGGAGGAGGCUGUGUGAAAAUGUCCUGUGUCCAAACAUGAAGGUCCAACCGGAUCGCUUUAAGCCCAACAGCACCAGUUAUGGUCUUGAAGAGGUUCCAGGGUUCGACCUGAUGGAGCACUUCAAUGUGAGAGAUAUUCUGGGAACCAGAGAUGAUGAUGGCCAGAGUUCUUACGUACGCCUUGGCACCAUGCCAAUUGUACAGCAAACAGAGGACGUGUUUCCUCAAGGGCUGCCUGACGAAUACGCCUAUGUGACAACGUUCAAAUUCAGGAAAACCUCAAGACGUGAGGAUUGGUAUCUCUGGCAGGUUUUCGACAAAUAUGGUAUCCCACAGGUGUCCAUCCGCCUGGAUGGAGAGAACAAGGCCGUGGAGUACAACGCUGUCGGACUGACAAAGGACGCUGUCAGAGCUGUGUUCAAGAACCAAGAAGUCGACAAUCUGUUUGAUCGCAACUGGCACAAGAUCGCCCUCAGUGUGGAGGCCAAGUCUGUGUCUCUGUACCUGGACUGCAAACACAUCCAGACUCUGCCCAUUGAAGACAGGGAGGACAUUGACAUCCAGGGCAAGACAGUGAUUGGGAAGAGACUAUAUGACAGUGUGCCAAUUGAUUUUGACCUACAAAGGAUGAUGAUUUACUGUGACUCCAAGCAUGCAGAGUUGGAAACCUGCUGCGAUCUACCCAAUGGACCUUGCCCAAAGAAAGUUGUUACAGAGGCCCCCCCUGUGCAGAUCCCCACUCCAACACCUACAGUUGCGGAGCAACAGAGAGGACCUCAAGCAAACUGCUCUUGCCCUCCAGGAGAGAAGGGAGAGAAUGGUUCGUCCGGUGCAGCAGGUCCUAAGGGUGAAAAGGGGGACUCUGGCCUUAAGGGCGCCGUGGGACCAACUGGAAACAAAGGAGAAAAGGGAGAAACUGGCAAAGUAAUCUCUGUCAAAGGUGACAGAGGUGAGAAGGGUGAUAGAGGAACAUUAGGGUUAACAGGUGCUGCUGGACAAAAAGGAGAGAAGGGACUUGGAGGUUUACCCGGUAUUGAUGGCUUAUCUGGAGACAAAGGAGACAAAGGUGCCACUGGGGUGCCUGGAGGAGAAGGGAUGCCAGGUCCAGCAGGAUUAAAGGGAAUUCAAGGGGAUGCAGGGAUGGUGGGCCUACCAGGUCCUAAAGGAGUUACUGGUGAAGCUGGUACAAAAGGUGAAAAGGGAACUCCGGGAGUAAAUGGCCUGGCAGGUUUGGAUGGAUUCCCUGGCAAGCCUGGUGUCCCUGGGCAAGAUGGGUUGAGAGGAACUGUUGGUGCACCCGGAGCAGGCGGCAUUAAAGGCACCAAGGGAGAGAGAGGCCUUCCCGGAUUACCUGGGGAUGUGUUUCAAAAAGACGGACUUCAGGGUGAAAAGGGAGUUUCUGGACCUCCUGGGCCUCCAGGGGCUGAUGGUCCCCCAGGGCCUCCUGGUCCUCCUGGUCUUCAGGGGCUACCCGGAAGUCCUGGAGAGUUUGGCCAGAGGGGGAAAAAAGGUGAAAGUGGAUUGCCUGGAGUGGACGGCCUUCCUGGACCUCCUGGUCCUCAGGGUCCAGCUGGGCAAGCAGGAACCCGAGGACACACUGGACCUCCUGGUCUACCUGGUGAAAUUGGAUUUUCAGGCAAACCUGGAGAGCCCGGAAAAGAGGGUCUUCCUGGUAAAGACGGUUUGGACGGACUUCAAGGAAAUGAUGGUGCAACGGGACCCAGGGGUGAGCGUGGAGCAGAUGGUUUUCCUGGCAAGCCUGGGCCUAAGGGUGACGACGGGCCUCCUGGACCAAGGGGACCUCCAGGGGAGAGAGGAGAAGCUGGUUCCCCUGGACCAGGAGGUGCAGUUGGAACAAGGGGAGACAGGGGUGUUCCAGGAGAAAGAGGACAGGCUGGACCAUUUGGACCAAAAGGUGAAAAGGGCGACAAGGGUGAAGUGGGAGCAGGGGGACCGCCUGGCAUUCCAGGAAAUGUAAGUGACAUACCUGCUGCUCUCUUUGAAUUUUCAAACACUGGAUUACAUGGAGUGAAAGGAGAUAAGGGCGAUCAAGGGAUACCAGGAGAGAUGGGUCAACGAGGGUUACCUGGUGAACAAGGCUUUAAGGGACCAGCUGGACCAGUGGGACCAAAAGGUGACAGUGGACCUGCAGGCGAGACAGGGCGUGUUGGAGACCCUGGUCCACCUGGCAUAGCUGGUCCUCAAGGUUCUCGUGGAUUACCAGGGAAUGUGGGCAUACCAGGGAUCAUCGGGCCUCCUGGUCCAACUGGGCAGAGAGGAGACAAGGGAGAAUCAGGUAAACCAGGACAAGCAGGUCCCGCAGGCCUAUCCGGCGAGCCCGGUUUGAUAGGACCACCCGGACCCCCAGGGAAAGGGAAAGAUGGCCAAAAUGGAGACCCAGGACCACAGGGGAUACAAGGACCCCCAGGGCUAAAGGGCCAAACAGGGUCAAGGGGAGAACCCGGGGUGCCAGGAGAAAGGGGUCCUGCAGGAGAAGGCAAAAUGGGUCAACAGGGGCCUCCAGGAAAUAAUGGACAACCAGGAUCUGCGGGCUUGAGGGGUCCACCAGGAGUUGCUGGUCCUCAGGGCCCAGCUGGACAUAACGGUUUGCCAGGAAGGCCAGGAGAAAAGGGGUCACAAGGAGAGCCUGGAAAGGCCGCAGAUAUCUCUGACCUGAAUCUGAAGGAUGUAUGCUCAGACUGCCCCGCAGGUCCUUCUGGACCACCAGGUCUCCCAGGAAUCCCAGGAGACAAAGGACACCCGGGAACUCCAGGGAAAGAUGGUCAAGAUGGUUUCCAGGGAGCGCCGGGACCGGCUGGACCUCAAGGGCCCCCUGGAACCGAUGGAGGAAAGGGUCUUAAAGGUGAUAAAGGAACUCCGGGCAGCCCUGGAGACAAAGGAGACAAGGGUCACCCAGGACCCCCUGGUCAUCCCGGUACACCUGGCUUAAUGGGUACACCUGGUAACGAUGGCCAGCCUGGCCCUGUUGGCCCCCCGGGGUCCCCUGGAGAAAAGGGUAAAGAGGGUCUCAAAGGAAUCCAAGGCCCGCCGGGUCUACCUGGCUUAAUUGGUCAAUCUGGGAAAAUGGGGAAAGAUGGUAGACCUGGUGAAACAGGAGAACCUGGCAAACAAGGUGAACCUGGACCACAAGGGAAUCCUGGGCUUAGAGGUCUCCCGGGCUUUAAGGGCCACAGAGGAGAAUCUGGAACUCCCGGCACGAAGGGAGAAGAUGGAAAGUCUGGACUACCUGGACGUGAUGGAAAACCUGGGAAGGAGGGCCCAAUUGGACCUUCAGGCCGAGAAGGACUAAAUGGACCAAGAGGAGAGACGGGGAAGCCAGGGGAGCCUGGACCAUCAGGAAAAGCUGGCCUCCCUGGAACUCCAGGUCUGAGGGGAGACAAGGGAGAGCCUGGCAGCCCAGGAUUACCCGGCUUUAGUGGGCCUAAAGGUCCUCCGGGUCCUCCUGGUCCCUUUGGCCCCGAGGGGAAACAGGGCAUGCCAGGCAGAGUUGGUGAUCGUGGACACAAAGGAGAUAAGGGAGAUCCAGGUACGAAGGGAGAUAAAGGACACUCAGGAGAAUCAGGGAUUCCUGGAAACCCUGGACCCCCAGGCAGAAAGGGCCACACAGGGAUGAUGGGCAUGUCAGGACCACCAGGAGAAAUAGGAGCUCCAGGGUCCCAAGGACCUUCAGGAAACCCUGGUAUCCCAGGACAAAGAGGAGAGUCAGUAUCACUGGAGCAGAUGAGACGGCUCAUCCAGGAGGAGCUGGCAAAACAAUUAGAUGCUAAAAUGGCGUACCUCAUGGCUCAGUUCCAGCCGGCCCAUGUGAAGAGCACAGCUGGUCGUCCAGGACCUCCAGGCCCUCAGGGUAAAGACGGCAAUUCUGGACGACCUGGGCCACCUGGAGAGCCCGGUAUGCCCGGACAGAAUGGAGGAGAAGGACCCAGAGGUCCCAUGGGUCCUAAAGGUGAGAAGGGAUCCAAAGGAGAAAAGGGAGAUACUGGUAUCGGAGAAAGAGGAGAGCAAGGACCCACUGGCCCCAUAGGUCCAGCCGGUCUGCCUGGAUAUGGUAAAGAUGGAAGCCCAGGACAAGCUGGAGCCCAGGGAGAGCCAGGAAACCCCGGCCCCCACGGACAGUCCGGACCUCCAGGUCCUCCUGGCCAAUGUGACCCCAGCCAGUGUGCCUACUAUGCCAGCCUGGCACAAAGACCCCACAGCAAGAAUGUAAAGGGGACUUAAAAAAAAAGAAGAGAUACAAAGAGCUUGAAGUCCAGCUGUAUUUAUGAACUUGGUUGUGUCCGUCUGAAUCAAGAACUUUUUACUUUUCAAGAUCACCUCAGUAUGGAGGGCUGAAGCAAUAUGUGCUGCCGGUCAGAUUCAUUGUUUUGUUUGUUUUCGGUAUGAAGUUUGGGAUGAUGAGCUUUAAGCAUUGAGGAACAUUAUCAGAUUAAAUAUGCGGUAAAGAGGGCAGCUAAACAGUUUUUCUUUUCUCUUCACUUGCAUGCUUCCUGUAAAGUAUAUAGGAAGAGAGCAAGGAUGAUGCAAUUCUCUACUCCUGAACAGCCCCAUCGGGAGUAAAGAUUUGGGUAUAUGAGAUUUCAUCAAUAAUCUUCUAAAAAUUCAGACAGGCAUUUCUUCCAGGAUUUGUCUGCACCUCAGUUUUUUUUCUCCCGCUUCACACUAUUUUGCAUCAAUUACAAUUCGCAGCCCACACUGUCCUGCACGGCAUAAUAGGUGUGAGUUACUGCACACUAAAUUGAUUUCUUCCAAAGACCCUUUACCUGUCUAUUGGUAAUAACUCAGUCAAGACAACUAUCUGUUAUAUUGUCAUUGAUGGGAAUGGUAGGCACUGACAGUGUGAGGCACCAUUUCAAAUACCAAUAGUGAUUUUGUGUGGGAGGAGUGUUAAUGAGUUAACGUGGGGAGUGAUGAAUGACCACAUUUGUGCUUUCCAUGCUUCCAAGCUGGAGGUAGUGUUCUUAUGCGGCUCUGUUUUGUGUUGUACUAGCAUCUCAUCUCAAAAUAAAAUAACUUUAGGAAAAUCCCCCCCUUAACCAAAUUUAACAAAUUAUUCCCAAUUUGAACCUGUUUGUUCAAUUUAGGCAGCAACAAAACAGACUUAUUUUCUCUGGAAAUAACUGUCCAUCAAAGGUUAAUUUGAAAAUGUGUCAAAAUAUCCCAUAAAUCUAACACUUGGUUCCUUCAAACUCACCCACAGGAGGCUCAUUCAGUGUAAAGGAGAGAAGUGGAGGCAGGAAGAAAUGUCAUUGAUUUGUACUUUUUAUGUUCUAAUGAAGUGGCUCUGGUCAUUCUAUCGUUGAGGUAUGCAUAUACUUGAGCAGUAAACAGCUUUAAGGAGGUGGUAUAAUUGCUGCCUUUGUUCACCUUUCCUGAAAAGCUGCCUGUUUCACGGUGCUCUCUCUAAAUGUGUCAUUUCCUUUCUGCUCGCUGAGGCUUAUUAAGUGCCUACGCUGUGGCAGUGCCCGGGCAGCUCGGCGCUGCUGUGAAAAGACAUUGCUUUUCUUAUUUGUCCCCUGGAACCUUAAAUUGGAGAGCUGCUUCCCUGCAUCCUGAUGACCCGAGCAUUGUGAAAACCAUUUCAAAGAUGUUUUGCCUUUCGUCCCUCAUGGACCAAUUAAACCUCUCCCCAGUCUCAAACUUACUGGUCAUCUAGAACCUAUUUAAUAGCCCCUCCACAGAAGGGAUCGCAUUUGUCUUCUUUUAAAAAACAUGAAGAAAAGCUUCUGCACAUAUAAAGACAAGAAGGAAGUCGGAGGACAAUCCUUUUAAGUAGAGUGCAGAAAUCAAUUGAGAGGUUGGCAAGACAUUCACUAUUACCUGGAGUCAAAGAUCCACAAUAUGUGCAAUUAUAGGUAUGAGCAUUCUUUCUCAGAUUAACUAAUGGCAUGUCAUUAUAAGGAAUGUAUCUUUGACCUAACAGAUGUGUGUGUGUGUGUACAGCAGACUGGUUUAUGCUUAACUUUCCUUUAAUGGUUGCUCUGAAGGUAGUAGAUUCAUAAAGCUGUGCAUUUUUUAAUAAGUAACAUUUUCCACCUGUAAAUGGAUCUCAUAUCAAACGAAAUACAAUUUUGCUUAAUUAGAUUAAUCUGGCAUUUUGUUGGUACAACAUAAUUUGGUUUGUAUAUUAGUUUUUGGAGGCUAAAUUAAGAUGUGUUGGAAAAGGUUGAAUUCAAAGUUGACCAGUAUUACACGAGACAAUUUCUACACUAUGUCGACAGUGGCAUCUGUUCCACAACAGUUAGAGCCUGUGUCCACAGACAGUGCAGAGUAGUGUCUCCUCCGCCGUUAUUGUUGACAAAGCUGAUAUCAGUAGUCCUGCCUCUUCUUGAUUUUGAUUUGUCGGUGAGGGGGAAUAGACAUUGACAAGUGUGGCGCUGUUCUAAAGUUGAACUUCUUUGAACUGAGAGAGCUGUGAAUACAGCGACAACAAACAGCUGAUUGGUAUUGUAUUGAAAACCAGUCGCUUCCAGGGCAAAAAACACACAUAUAUGGGACACAGGCCCUUAUAUGUACAAGUUUUUAUACAAGUUGGCUGGCUCGUAGCCAAGGCAAGGUCUGAAGGUAGAAAACAAAUAACUGAAAAUUACUUAUUUUUAAAGAUCCAUGGUCAUGCCAUGAGCUUUAAACAUCCAACACAAUUCUUAAAAACGAAUGGUUCAUAAUUAGCGAGGAAGCUAGGCUAACUAGCUACUCUUACUGUUAUAUCAUUUGGCCCAAAAAAACCCUGAACCUGGGUACUUCACUUCUGAUGUUCAGCUCUACAUAUGCGAUAUUCAUUUGCCUUCAAAGCAGCUCAGAAAUAUUUAAAACAUUAAAGCAGAAAACUGCUUUAAUUUCAAUAACGUUCAACUGUAGAGUAGAACCAAACUGCUCCUCAAAGCGUGAUUGGUAUGAAUGACCUGCUUUCUUGUCACUCUCAUAUAUUUCAGUUUACUGUUUCUUCGUCAGUGGUUUAGUAAUGAACAUUUAAAGCGUUGCAGUAUUGCAACUUUUUUGCUUUGUAAAUACAUGUUACAAUUACCAAUACACUACAGGUUGCUUCUACAUAGCUUUAAAAAUGGCUUAAAACUUUCCUAUAUAACACAAACAUCUUUCAUAACUCAUAUGAGCUAUUGUAGCAAAUUGAAAUAUCUUUUAAGUUAUAGUGCUAAAUUAUUCAGGAUUUAAACCAAUACAAAUGUGUCUUCAUGCCUUAUCACACAUUUAUUAACCUGAUUUCCUUAUCUUUUACUGAUGACUUGGUGCUAGAAUAUUUUUAAUUAGUAACAUAGUGUAAGUAUGGGAAAGACAAAUGUACUGUACUGUAUAAUAAAGACUGGAAUGGAUUCAUUUUAUAA